UAGCUUUGCUUCACGAAUGACGUCACUCUGACGCACGUUGAUGUAUGGUGUGUGGAAUAACUUUGGUUUUAGAUCAUGUAUCUCGGGCCGUACAAGCUUAUUACAAUUUUCACAAAGUCUCGAUGGAGAUUUAGUAGAUCCAGGGUAGCCGAGCAGAUUGAGAGGACUUUAUAGACAAUGGUUAUAAACAUGGCGGAUCGUACGAAGACACCCAUUAGGGUCGGUUUUUAUGAUAUUGUAAAGACAAUCGGAAAAGGCAAUUUUGCUGUAGUAAAACUAGCGAGACAUCGGAUAACGAAAACCGAGGUAGCCAUUAAAAUUAUUGACAAAACCCAGCUAGAUGAAACCAAUAAACAAAAAGUGUACAGAGAAGUCCAGAUUAUGAAACUGCUGAACCACCCCCACAUCAUCAAGCUGUACCAGGUAAUGGAGACAAAAAACAUGCUCUACCUGGUCACAGAGUAUGCUCCCAAUGGAGAAAUGUUUGAUUGCAUUGCCCAACAUGGCAGACUGUCAGAACCAGAAGCAAGGAAGAAAUUUUGGCAAAUUAUUUCAGCAGUUGAAUACUGUCAUGGUCGUCAUGUGGUACACAGGGACUUGAAGGCUGAAAACUUACUCCUAGAUGCCAAUAUGAACCUAAAAAUAGCAGACUUUGGUUUUGGUAACCACUUCAGUCCUGGCCAGGAACUGGCGACAUGGUGUGGCAGCCCUCCUUAUGCUGCUCCCGAGGUGUUUGAAGGCAGGAAAUAUCAAGGACCACAGAUUGACAUUUGGAGUCUGGGUGUGGUCCUCUACGUGUUGGUGUGUGGUGCUCUCCCAUUCGACGGACACAAUCUGCAGACGCUACGUGACCGUGUCCUGUCUGGCCGCUUCAGGAUCCCUUUUUUCAUGUCCACGGACUGUGAACACUUGAUCCGCAGAAUGCUGGUGCUAGACCCGUCCAAGCGGUACACGAUAGAACAGAUCAAACGCCACAAGUGGAUGCAGGAGGAUGGAGGGCCGCCAAAAUCUUUACCAUCCUCACCUUUGAUUGGUUACAAUGCCAAGCUCGGUGAAUUUAAUGAACAGAUACUGCGCCUUAUGCAGAGCUUGGGGAUUGAUCAGCAGAAAACAAUUGAGGCUCUCAGGAAAGAUGCAUAUGAUCACUACACAGCUAUCUAUUUCCUGCUGCUGGACAGGUUAAAACAGCACAGGAGCAGUUUCCCUGUAGAAAACCACCUAGACGCGCGACAACGCCGUCCAAGCACAAUUGCAGAACAAGCAAUAAGACAACUACAAAUACAGCAGCAGAAACUAGAGCUCCAGCAGCAGCAGCAGCAGCAACAACAACAACAACAACAACAUCAGCAGCAGCAACAAAAUGACAUGUUCAUCAGUGAGAAUAUGGGUCAAGGUUGUGGGAUGCAGUGUCAAGGUCAUUAUGGUCAUAUGUACUCACAGCAUCACAGUAUGGACUGUGCAAUGGGCAGGACAUGCAUGCAAACCCCACAGCAGAUAUUCAGUGAGACAGACAGUAUUCCCAUGAUCCCUGAUGUUACGGGAUGUUUGCAGGACAUCAUCCCCCAGCCCAUCAUGACACAGACUCAGUUAGCCUCUUUAGCGGCCACUCAGAUGAUCACAACCUCUAUAGACGAAGGCGUAGAGGCAGACAUUUAUGACAGUGACUUUGAGUCAAAUUCGGUGCGAAGACAUACAAUCACAGACAAUAAUGUGGGCGGACAGGGAUUAAUCCCCAGCAAUGCUUAUGGCGAUUUGAGCCAUUUUGCCCCUCAAAAUACAGGAGAUUGCAUGAUUGGCGGCGGACAUUCAAACUUUGCCAGUUUUGACUCAAACAUUGAAGCAGACAUUGCUAGCUUGUCGUCACAUCAAAACUUACUGUCUUGUGCACAACAACAACAACAGCAGCAGCAACAACAACAACUGCAGCAACAACCCUGUCUAGGCACCAUGCAGCAGAUGCAAAUGCCAUCUAGUGGUGAUUAUCAGCAACCAUGUGCUUCACAGCCGGCCCCUCCAGAGCAUAUUGAAGAUGGACCAGUGGACAGAAGUCAAACCAGUUCACCUGUGAACUUCAGAGAGGGACGGCGCGCAUCUGAUGGGUUGAUGACACAGGGGAUCAUAGCAUUUCGACAACGGUUACGUGCUGGCCACAAGGCACCGGGGAUGAUGGACCUGCAUGCCGACCACCAACAGCAGCACCUUCAGACUCUCUACCAGCAGCACAUGACUAUACAGGAGAUGGACAAUGAACAGCAGGUACAAUAUUAUGAUCGCAUGAAUUCACGACCGGGGUCCUUCGACAACCAGCCCACCUCCUCCCCGCAGAGACCGCGGUUGCUAGCCAAACGCAUGAGCUUGCCAUCAGAAUCCUUUGAUUUGCAGCCCCACAAGCUGUUGGCCCUCAAGCAGAGUCUCCACGUGGAGCGCAUCCUGGGCACCAAUUCUCCUGACAGCCAAGAAGACAUGGCUGCCCCUGAUCUGUACAUGUUGAAGUCCUGCGAGUAUCAGGCACAAAACAAGCCACUACAGCAGCAGUUACUACAACACCAACUGCAGCUGAAGCGGCAAAUUCUUCAGAAGCAGUCCCAGAUGCAUCACCAGUUUCAGCAGAUGAAUCUCGAUCACACCGGGGUCACAUCGUUUGGCAUGCAGCAGACGCCUGCCGCUACGGGGUUUCCCUUAACCUCACCAUCUGGCUUUGCCAUGCCAACCAGCUGUGCACAGACGUUGCCGCAGCAACCGCCCCCGUUGACGCACCCUACACAGCUGCCAUUGAUUCGUCCACAAGUCAAUCGCCAAAGUUCUUACAAACUUGCACAGCAGCACCCUGUGAUGCCUCCUUUCCCAGCAGACAUGUUGUCAUGGCAACAGCAUCAACAGACUCUGUAUGAAACCGAGGUUGGGAACGGGGCAGAGGAAAUGGAAGUUUCGCAGUAAACUAAAAAAGGGUGGAAAUCAUUCAGAUUUUGUUUGAAGCUAUUAUGAAGCUGAUCUGUAAGAACCGUCCUGCAGAGUUUUUUAUUUAAUACCCCUGUACAUGUAAUACAUCAGGGUAUUCAAGUAUUUUCUUGUUAUUAUUGAUCAUGUGACAGUUGUGAUCAGGUCUGGGGGGGACUAAUUAGACUGUUAUACACAGAAAUAGCAUGUGAUAGUAUGUUGUUAUUAUUUACUUGUUUACAGAGGAAUGUACAUAGCAUUUGUCAUCGUUCAUCCAGAUGAUGGUAAGAUGGUACCAGUCUGUGGUAUCUCAAUACAUAGUGUGUGUUAUGGUUGAAGGAACAAGUAAUAUUGAACCUCACAUUUGUGUUAAGUUUUGUGUUUUAACAUAAAAAAAAGCAUGUUCACACAUGUAGCAGUGGUCAGCCAAUGGAAGAUAUUAGGCUAGUUUGUAAAAAAUUGGCUAUUUACUUGGUGCUUUUGAGAAACUGGUUGAUUAGAUCUGCAAUGUACAAAGCUCAGUGUUAAAAAGUGAUCAGUUUGUGAAACAUGGAGACUUGUCUGGCACAGGUGAACUUUUUUUCCAGACGACUGGAAAUUAAACCUCUAGUAUUAUUUCUGGGUGGGGUUGCCUAAAGGCUCACAUUUCUGUGUGCCAGGUACACAAACGUCUUCAGAAUUCAAUUUGGAAUUAUUACUCUGUUGAAAAUUAAAGCUGAUUCACAGCUGUUUGCUGUAAAUGGCAGACCCUGGCAGAUCUUUGUAGACACCCCAUCCCCCCCCCCCCCCUUGUCUUUACCUUAAAAACAAAAUGAAACAAAACAAUAAAACUAAUAAAGUGAGCGAUAACGUGACAUAAGUGAGCAAUUUUCCAUCAGGGGCCCUACAUAUUGUACAAAAAUUGUCCUCGUUUACAUUUCAAUACUUGCCAAGGAAUUGAGGUGCCAUUGAGGUGUGUAGUAACUAUUGGAUCACCCUGUAGGUCCAAGCAGGCAGUACUCCCAACAGUGCACUGUGGCAGCCAACAACACUAUAGGUCUGUCUGUGGGCGUCCGUGGAGGGGUCAAUGGAAUUUUGGCAGGCACGUUAAUUGCGGGUAUCCAGCCAAUCAUUAUCUCCCCCUUCAAUGACUUUGACCCCCCCCCCCCCUGGAAAAUUUUCUGCAGGCGCCCAUGACUCUGUCCCCUCAGUAGCCCUGGUUUAGAUGCUUCACAACCUUGACCUUGAAGUACUAAUGUGUUUAUAUUAAAAACACUGUAUAUUACAGUGUAUAGCACUGUGUAUGUGAGAAUUACAGUUCUUAUUCUUGGAAAGUUUUACCAUAUUAUCCAAAAAAAAAUGGAAGCAGACAUGGGUAUAUUUUUACAGCAGGUAGGAGGGGCUCAAACUAGCUGCUAUGGAGGAUAAAUAGGUUUUUGUGUUUUUAAUGAACAUUUGGGAGGGAAGAGGUGAGGGAAGAAAUGCUCAUGUCUGUGCCUUUAUUAAUUUUAUUUUGUCAAAACCAAGUUCUGUCUACGUGCACAAAUGUCAUGGUGAUUGUUGUUGUAGUAGUAGUAGUAGUAGUCACUGUUAAUGUAUUAUUGGUGUUUUAUAAACACCAGUCAAAUGUACUUGUAUUUUUGUCUAUGUCAGCCAAUUGCAAUGUAUGCACAAUUUGAUAGAAUUUUCAAAUUACUUGUCAAUCAGAAAAGAAGGGCAGAUAUUAAUUGUAUUUGUGCUGUCAUACUAAACAUUUAUAGCUAAUUGCUAUGGUGAUUGCAAAACGGAUGCGCAUUGUAUCUGCCAACUUAUUCAUUGGUUAGUGCUGGUGCUUUUUGGGAAUGCACUGAUUGAACCAUAGUGGGUCCCAUAAAGUCUAUGGUCCAGUGCUGUCAUCUUAUAUGUGAAAAAGUGAUCGGUAUGGAUCAGAUAUAGGAAAGGGUGGGUUUUGCUUUAGGGAAUAUUGUUUCGUGAUUUAGGGUUAAUUCAAGUUCUUUCUGAACUGCUGUACAAAAGUUUGCACAUACCUGUGUAUAUAUGUUUUUGGUCCUCAAUAACAAGGGCACCUAACCAAACUGUCUAUAAAUCUCAGCUCAUAAAACACCAGUGUUAUUUGUUCACUUCAAUCUCAUUUCCUUCACACGUUUGCAAUAUAACAAUAUAAUAAUAUAUAAUGAACAGUGUGAAAAUGCUUUUAAGUUAUGCUCUUUUGAUGAUGUUAUAGUAUUUUCUUUCCACCCUGUGGCUGGAUGUGAAGGUUAAGAAAUUUAGAGACUGAAGUUGUUUUCCAGGCCCUAUUUUACAAAAGAACUUGGUUGGUGGAACUUGGAUGGUUGGUCUUUAAUUUUAGUCCUAAGUUUUACUUUAACCCUAAAUAAAUUGACAAUAGUCUAAUAAAAAAAAGAAAUGUUGUGACAUUCUGCCCUUUUAUAAUAAAGAAAGAAGUUACCACUUUUUCAGUUCCAUUUCAGGCUCUACAAUAGUUAGCCUGAAUUUUAGUAGACUAAAUUUUGGCUAAAAAUUAUGACCAAAUUUAGGUCUUGGGGGGGGGGGGGGGUUUAAUGUGGAAUGGCUAUAUGAAGGUCCAUUUUGGGAUCACCUACCAGUCAACAUCACAGGCCUUGGGUGAACACGUACAGUUAGUUUACGUGCUGAAACCAGUGGCAGUGACUAGUAUGAGUCAUAGUUGUGUCUCAAAGGUAAUUGUACACAAAUAAUGCUAGUGAAGUUGUAGAACACAUUGUUCAUAUGCGUGGCUGUAUACAUUCUGCCAUUUGAUACUGUGGUAUCCACACAGCUAUUGUCUGUAUUUAUCUGAAAACUACUUGCAUUUUCAACACUUUUUUUUUUUUUUUU